UUUAAAAUUAAUCGACGGCAGGAUUGUGGAUCGUCGUCUAGAUUGAGGUUGCGCAGCAUCGCCGGCGCCGGCGCCGACCAGUUUCGUAGAAACUGAUUGAUAGCAUCAUUGUAUGGGGACGCUAGAGAUGGACGGAGAUCAUGAAAAGCUGAUACCGUUGGAUUCUGUUGUUCGCUCCAAAUGCUCUUCUCCUUCUAAUUCUCCUACCGCUUUAGCCAUCGCCAGCGGCAACGAGGCAAUUAGCAAAGUUAUCCGUAGUUGGGCAUCAAAAAAGUUUAUGACAGGAUGUGUUAUCUUGCUUCCCAUUGCCAUCACAUUUUAUCUGACUUGGUGGUUCGUUCAUUGGGUGGAUGGAUUCUUCUCACCUAUCUACAAUCAUCUUGGAAUCAAUAUAUUUGGUCUCGGCUUUUUUACCUCAAUCACAUUCAUCUUCCUCGUCGGAGUGUUCAUGUCUUCGUGGCUUGGCGCAUCGCUUCUCAAACUCGGGGAAUGGUUCAUCAAAAAGAUGCCUCUGAUAAGCUAUAUAUAUGCUGCCUCGAAGCAAAUCAGCGCCGCAAUUUCUCCAGAUGAGAGCUCUCAAGCAUUCAAGGAAGUCGCCAUUGUAAGGCAUCCCCGUGUCGGGGAAUAUGCAUUAGGUUUCAUUACAUCAACAAUUAUCCUCCAGAAAAAUUCAGGCGCAGAGGAGCUUUGCUGUGUUUAUGUUCCUACAAACCACCUUUAUCUCGGAGAUAUAUUCCUCAUAAAUUCUAAAGAUGUCAUGAGGCCUAACCUUUCCGUUCGAGAGGGCAUAGAGAUCAUCAUCUCCGGAGGUAUUUCGAUCCCUAAGGUUCUUAACAUUUUGGAUGCACAAUUCGUACAGUCUCCAAGAGUAGGCAAGUUAACAAUACCACAAGUUUGAUAAGCAGAACGAAGUGCAUUAAUAGUUCAGACAACAUAGAGCAAAGGAAACCUUACUCCAAAAACAUAGUCAGCAGUCGCCAUAAAAACACAUGGCCGCCUGAAUGUUUUGAUCAUCCCAAUAUGUUUCAGAUUGCAAAUAUGAAUUCAGUUUACUUUAGCCUCAAAGAGUGUACUGUCACGUAAGAUUUUCACUACGGAAAUAGUAUGAAUUCGAAAGA